GACAAAACCGCGACCUCCUACAGAAGUAAACAAAAAGGAUGUUUGCAAUCAGAAAUCUGACCAAAAAACCAAAGUUUUACAAAAAGUCGGUGAAGCGGUAAAUAAGGGUCAGUUAUCUCGCUGCGUGUUAGAUGAACUGACGGAAGCCAUACAUCCAGAGGACAAAAAGUGUGAGAUAAAGAAGAAAGUUUGUAAAGCAAUUGCAAAGAGACACGUAACGAAUGCUGUUGCUGAGAAUGUAUUAGCCGAUGUUUACAAAAGUCACAACAAAUGUGAUGUCUUCAAGAGAGUUGAAAAAGCCGUUCACAAAGGACAAUUGCCGCAAUCGAUCUUAGAUGAUAUCGUUGUUAAUUUAAAACUGAGUGAUAACAAGUCUACAGUAAUCAAGAAAGUUUGUAAAGCUAUAGAAAAGAAAACGGUACCACCAACGCUCAUGGAUGAUUUAUUUAGCGAUGAGCCGACUAGUGGCGAUAAAUCUGAUGUUAUGAAGAGUAUCCGCGCAGCGGUUGAAGACGGCAUUCUAGCUCCCGCUGUAAUGGACGAAGUAAUGGCUAAUGUAAAACCUGAAGAUACCAAGUCACAAAUUAUGAAGAAAGUUCGAAAAGCUAUAGAAAAAAGAUAUGUAACACCCUGCGUUAUGGAGCAAGUCAUGUCUACUAUAAAACCAGAUGACAAUAAACAAGGAAUUUUAAAAAAGAUCAGAAGAGCGGUAGCUAAAGGGCAACUACCCCAGUCUGUCAUGGAUGAAAUCUGCGAAGAUAUGCGGUCAUGUGACACUAAAGAAGAUGUAAUGAGAAUCGUCUAUAAAGCCAUUGAAAAGAAAUUGGUACCACAACCAGUCAUGUAUAAGAUAUUGCACCCCAAUGAAGAUGGAUUUGCGAUCAUGGACAAAGUUUGCCAAGCUAUGAAGAAAAAGAAAAUGUCGCCAUCUGUCAUGGAUGAUAUAGUCGCACACGUACAUCCUGGUGAGAAAAAAACUGAAGUUAUGAAGAAAAUUCGUCAAGCGGUGGAAAAAGGGCACCUAUCGCCCUCUACCUUAGAAGUUAUAAGAGAUAUAGAUGAAGCAAAGCAAGCCAGAGACAUGAAUACCGUACUUGACAACUUAGACAAAUGUAGAGACAAAAAUGCUAUUAUGAUCAGUCUUCGCUGUGCGGUGAAUAAAGGUCAAAUGCCACAAACUGUAAUGAAUGACGUCAUUAAAAGUGUACGCUCUAAAGACUGCAAAGAUGAAACUAUAAAGAAAGUCCAAAGAGCCGUUAGGAAACGCCAGUUACUGCCGAAGAUAACAAAAGUAAUUAAAUCUAAAAAUGCUGUCAACCAGAGUGCCCUAAUUUGUUUGACAGUCAGUGAUAUGAAAAUAAUAAAUGAAGCUGUUAAGGCACAUGAAAUUUCACCAUCUGUUAUUAAUAUAAUAAAAAAUGAAGACAAUCAAAUUUACUUCGAUACUAAAAAAGAAUUCCCGUUGAAAAAAAUAAUGAAAAAGGAUAAGAAUAUUAUCAUUUGCAAAGAUGAUAUAGCGUCAUACAUAAACGUUACUUCCACUGAGGACGAAGUAAUAAGAAGAGUUAGAACAGCAAUCAAACAAGGAGAAAUAUCACCAUCUGUCAUAAAAAUGCUAUUAAACAAAGACAACGCUGGUCUUAUAUUUUCUGAUGAAAUUCUUUGUGCUAUUUAUCCACAUGGAAAAAACAAAACUUCAGUUAUGAGGUCUAAAAGUUUGAAAACGACAAAAGUAUCCGCAACAUCAAUAGUCAAGUGUAAACACAGUCAAAGUGAGCGUCGUACAGACUAUUCGUCUCGCAAGAAAAGAAUAAGAAAACGGUGCUCGCAAACUGCACCUGACAUCGGUAAACCAAAUAUUAUGUUUGAUGGAAUGCCAAAAUACACGAAGCAACCACGUGUUUUCACUAUCCAUAAACAAGGUACAACAAAAAAGCAUUUAAACCCUACUAAUGAAGGAUUUCAUAUAGUGAAAGAUAGCUCACCUAUUGAACCAGAUAUACCUAUCAAACCCUGCGCUUCUAAUAGCGAAAGCAUCACUUGUAAAUGUAGUAUGGAACGUAAAAAGAAAACAGUAAAAACGAAGUCAUCACAACCAACAAUAGGUAAAGCCAAAACAAUAGAUUGUAUGUGCAAGAUGUGUCAAGAAGAAUCCAAGAGAUUUCUUAGUGCUAAAGAAAAAACUAAUAAAAUUAAUUUGCUAAAGAAACAACUAAAACUACUUGAACAGCAGAAAGACAAAACAUGCAAACCGCAAAAGAAAAUUAAGAAUAAAAAAUCGGUCACCGAAAAAUGUCAAACAGACCGAUUUAAAACCAAACAGAAACAAGUAAAAACAGUUACAAAACCGAAAAAAAUAUGUCCUGAUAAUAAAAAGUUACGAAAAAUACCAACAUGUCAAAAACCUGGUUCUAUUAAAGAAACCGCUACCAAGAUUUGUACAAAUGCCAUUACAAAGUUAUUAAAAUACACAUUUAAUACACUAAGGGAUCCAGAUGACUUCUGUGAAAUGAUCCAAGAUCCCUGCCAUUCCCUGACUACAUUUCUUAGUGAUAGAAAGGCUGAAAGAAGAAAAUGCAAAAAACGAUGGUAUAAUCGUAAUAAAAAAUCUAAAAAACGAAAGAAAACAAUCAAGAAGAAGCAUCUCAGGACGGCUCUUUAUUUUGAAUGCAAUCCCUAUCUACACGUGGAAUCUCUACAGAAAAAACCUAAACCGCCAGGAUUAGCUAGUUGUCUGUUUUGCCCCUGUAUAUUCUUGCUAAGACAUCGGAAACAAAUUCGUAGAAUACUUCUUUAUAUAUUCGCUUUUAUUGUAUGGUGUCCAUGUCUAUUUUGCUUUGAAAUUUUCCAAUUUAUGUUUUAUUAUCAUUUUGGCACACAGAUAAGUGGUAAUCGGUUGAAUAAAAUUAACUGUGAUUAAAAAAUAAAAUCCCAAUUAUUUUUCUA